GUUGACACCUGUUUACGUGACGUCAUCAAUGUGGGUCAAAAGUCAAGAGAGCGUCUUGGCGUCACAUCACCAUCGACCGUCCUGUGUUAGCUAGCUACUGCACGUCGUCAUGGCUUUCUUCGGUCACCAGUUGUGCAGAGCUUUCUCCUCGUCGGCCCUCAGGAAUGUGGCCGUCAAGCAUGUGGUCAUCAUCGGCGGAGGACAAAUGGGUGCGGGAAUCGCUCAGGUCGCUGCGUCAACCGGCCACCAGGUGACGCUAGUGGACACGUCUGACGGCAUCUUGACGAAGACUGUCAAGGGCAUGGAGACGAGCUUGAAGAGAGUGGUCAAGAAAAAGUUUGCCGACAAGCCCGAGGCGGGUGAGGCGUUCAUUGAAAAAGUCCUGGGCAACGUGUCCACCGCCACAGACGCCACCGCCGCAGUCCAGAGCACGGACCUCGUGCUGGAGGCCAUCGUGGAAAACCUGAAAGUCAAACAGGAUCUUUUCAGCGAACUGGACAAGGCGGCGCCAGCACACACCAUCUUUGCUAGCAACACAUCCUCGCUGCCCAUCGGCGACAUCGCUAGCGUCACCUCCAGACUGGACCGCUUCGGUGGCCUGCACUUCUUCAACCCGGUCCCCAUGAUGAAACUCGUAGAGGUCAUCGGAACGUCGUCCACGAGCCAGGAGACGUUGGACUCCCUGAUGAACUUCAGCCGUGCGCUGGGCAAAAUGACCGUGUCCUGCAAGGACACACCGGGAUUCAUCGUGAACCGCCUGCUCGUCCCCUACAUGCUGGAGGCCGUCCGUCUGCAUGAGAGAGGUCACGGGUCCAAAGAAGACAUCGACGUGGCCAUGAAGCUAGGUGCCGGUUACCCAAUGGGACCUUUUGAGCUGCUGGACUAUGUGGGACUCGACACAGCCAAGUUCAUUUUAGAUGGUUGGAGCGCCAUGGACCCAGACAAUCCACUCUUUGUCCCAAGCCCUUUGCUCAACAAGCUGGUCGCAGACGGAAAGUUUGGCAAAAAAACAGGAGAAGGAUUCUACCAGUACCAGUAACUUCACUAAAGUAAAGAAUGGUGACAGAAACUGAAGAAGACUGCUAAACUCUACUCUUCCAUCAAUGAUAAUGUGAGGAAUAAAUGAUGUGCCUUUUUUUUUUUUUUUGCCUGAAUGAUGAGAUGAUAUCAACCAAACGUCAACAAUAAAUUAAACCUGAACGCAGGGGGGAAAAAGGUUGUCA